AUGGAGUAUAAACCUCUAACCUCACCGACACAGGGUCACAGAGACAAAGGGACACAGAGACUCAGUGACAAAAGGGACAAAAGGGACACAGAGACUCAGGGACAAAAGGGACACAGGGACACAAGGACAAAAGGGACACAGAGACUCAAGACUCAGGGACACAAGGACAAAAGGGACACAGACUCAGGGACAAAAGGGACACAGAGACUCAGUGACAAAAGGGACACAGAGACACAAGGACAAAAUGGACACAGAGACUCAGUGACACAAGGACAAAAUGGACACAGAGACUCAGUGACACAAGGACAAAAGGGACACAUAGACUCAGGACACAGAGACACAGGGACACAAGGACAAAAUGGACACAGAGACUCAGGGACACAAGGACAAAAUGGACACAGAGACUCAGUGACACAAGGACAAAAGGGACACAGAGACUCAGUGACACAAGGACAAAAGGGACACAUAGACUCAGUGACACAAGGACAAAAGGGACACAGAGACUCAGUGACACAAGGACAAAAGGGACACAGAGACUCAGUGACACAAGGACAAAAGGGACACAGAGACACAGUGACACAAGGACAAAAGGGACACAGAGACUCAGUGACACAAGGACAAAAGGGACACAUAGACUCAGGGACAAAAGGGACACAGAGACUCAGUGACAAAAGGGACACAGAGACACAAGGACAAAAGGGACACAGAGACUCAGUGACACAAGGACAAAAGGGACACAGAGACUCAGGGACAAAAGGGACACAGAGACUCAGUGACACAAGGACAAAAGGGACACAGAGACUCAGUGACACAAGGACAAAAGGGACACAGAGACUCAGUGACACAAGGACAAAAGGGACACAGAGACUCAGGGACAAAAGGGACACAUAG